GUCCUUUCACUUUAAAUGCAAAACGAUUCGUGGGUAGACUGACGAAGACUGAACGAGCAAGCGGGAAUGACAUCGGUUUUGCGUGGAGGACGUCUGGUCAGCCUGAGGAGAGCGACGGUCACGAUGCAGUCGAACUGCUCCUCACUGACAUGUGGCAGGCAAAAUGUGAACGGGGUUGAUCUUUACUAUGAGAAGGCAGGCACAGGGAAACACGCCAUGCUGUUGCUUCCUGGUGCUUUAGGAAGCACAAAGACAGAUUUUCAACCUCAGCUGAAGUCUUUGAAUCAGGAUCUUUUUACAGUCGUGGGCUGGGAUCCGCGUGGUUAUGGACAGUCGCGACCUCCAGACAGAGAUUUUCCGCUGGACUUCUUUGAAAGGGACGCCAAGGAUGCGGUGGAUCUCAUGAGGACGUUGGGCUUUGUCAAGUUCUCUCUGCUGGGAUGGAGUGACGGCGGCAUCACGGCCCUGAUCGCUGCUGCCAGGAAUCCCGACUUCAUCAACAAGAUGGCGGUAUGGGGGUCCAAUGCGUUUGUAUCGCAACAAGACCUCGACAUUUACAACUCGGUCCGUGAUGUGUCCAAAUGGAGCGCAAGAAUGAGGGCGCCCAUGGAGGAGGUGUACGGAGCACAAGUCUUUGCUCAAACAUGGCAAGCCUGGGUGGAUGGCGUGGCGCAAUUUGCACACAGAGCCAAAGGAAACAUCUGCAUCGAGCUCUUGCCUCUGAUCAGAUGUCCGACUCUGAUAAUCCAUGGCGAAAAGGAUCCGAUGGUGCCCCGCAGUCACCCUGAAUUCCUCCUCAAAGGCAUCCCGGGAUCACGAUUACAUCUGAUGCCAGAGGGAAAGCACAACCUCCAUCUGAGGUUUCCUGAAGAAUUCAACAAACUGGUGGAAGAGUUUCUGCAAGAGGGACACAAUCAUUAAACUAACACUUUACGUCUUGAAUGAUGCUGGAUCAAAAAUCUUUAACGGAGUGGCCGGGCCGCCUCAUGAAGCUCAAUGGGGUCAGACAAAAGAGAAGCUUGCAUAAGUUAAUAUUCUUUCAACAACCGCUUUGGAAGAUGCUUGGGCUACACGAAAGCUCCUUCUGGAAAGGAUCACACUUCAAUAUUAAACAUCUUUACAGUAA